GUCCUGCCAUCCUUACCGGCUUUGGUAAAUGCUGCCCUUGCGGCAAAUCCUCAGCUUCUGGCGAGAUCAUGUUGCAGAGGAGGAAGCAGAGUAUCUGGCCAGAGCUGGGGAGGGAGGAACCGAGAACCCGUAGUCCGGCCCUGGCUUGUAACUUCUAGCAGGCUGUUGCAGAUACCAAAAAAAGUUGCCGUUUUGUUUCUCUUGAAUCCCUCUGAAUUCUCCUUGGGGCAGAUGUUGCCUCCUCUGCUGGCAUGCGUUCAGGCGGGCUCAGACCCUCUGCCCUCUUCAUGUCCACAGAGACAGAGCGUCUCCUGACCCCUAGUCCUGGGUACGGGACCCAGGCGGGGGCCCCCCCGGCUCCUGUCACGCCAGCAGAAGAGGAAGAUCUCCGCCGCCGCCUCAAGUACUUCUUCAUGAGUCCCUGCGACAAGUUCCGGGCCAAGGGCCGCAAGCCCUUCAAGCUGAUGCUGCAGGUGGUGAAGAUCUUGGUGGUGACCGUGCAGCUCAUCCUCUUCGGGCUCAGCAACCAGCUGGCGGUCACUUUCCGGGAGGAGAACACCGUCGCCUUCCGGCACCUCUUCCUGCUGGGCUACUCGGAUGGGGCGGACGACACCCUGGCAGCCUACACGCGGGAGCAGCUGUACCAGGCCAUCUUCCACGCCGUGGACCAGUACCUGCUGCUCCCCGACGUGUCCCUGGGCCGCUACGCAUACGUGCGGGGCGGGGGCGGCCCCUGGGCCAACGGCUCGGCCCUGGCGCUCUGCCAGCACUACUACCACCGGGGCCACGUGGACCCAGCGAACGACACCUUCGACAUCGACCCCAUGGUUGUGACUGACUGCAUCCAUGUGGACCCGCCCGAGAGGCCCCUCCCGCCCCCCAGCGACCUCUCCGUCUCGGAAGGCAGCGCCAGCUACAGGAACCUCACACUCAAAUUUCACAAGCUCAUCAACGUCACCAUCCACUUCCAGCUGAAGACCAUCAACCUCCAGAGCCUGAUCAACAACGAGAUCCCAGACUGCUACACCUUCCGUGUCCUGAUCACGUUUGACAACAAGGCGCAUAGCGGGCGAGUCCCCAUCAGGCUGGAGACCCAGGCCCACAUCCAGGAGUGUAAGCAUCCCAGCGUCUUCCGGCACGGAGACAACAGCUUCCGGCUGCUGUUUGACGUGGUGGUGAUCCUCACCUGCACGGCGUCCUUCCUGCUGUGCGCCCGCUCGCUGCUCCGCGGCUUCCUGCUGCAGAACGAGUUUGUCAGAUUCAUGCGGCGGCACCAGGGACGGAUCAUCAGCCUGUGGAAACGGCUAGAAUUUGUCAACGGCUGGUACAUCCUCCUGGUCACCAGUGACGUGCUGACCAUCUCGGGCACCGUCAUGAAGAUUGGCAUCGAGGCCAAGAACCUGGCGAGCUACGACGUCUGCAGCAUCCUCCUGGGCACCUCCACGCUGCUCGUCUGGGUCGGUGUGAUCCGCUACCUGACCUUCUUCCACAAGUACAACAUCCUCAUCGCCACCCUGCGGGUGGCCCUGCCCAGCGUCAUGCGCUUCUGCUGCUGCGUGGCCGUCAUCUACCUGGGCUACUGCUUCUGCGGCUGGAUCGUGCUGGGGCCGUACCACGUGAAGUUCCGCUCUCUGUCCAUGGUGUCCGAGUGCCUGUUCUCGCUCAUCAACGGAGACGACAUGUUCGUGACGUUCGCCGCCAUGCAGGCCCAGCAGGGCCGCAGCAGCCUGGUCUGGCUCUUCUCCCAGCUCUACCUCUACUCCUUCAUCAGCCUCUUCAUCUACAUGGUGCUCAGCCUCUUCAUCGCCCUCAUCACGGGCGCCUACGACACCAUCAAGCACCCCGGCAGUGCGGGCGCCGAGGAGAGCGAGCUCCAGGCCUACAUCGCGCAGUGCCACGACAGCCCCACGUCCGGCAAGUUCCGCAGGGGCAGCGGCUCGGCCUGCAGCCUGCUCUGCUGCUGUGGCAGCGUGCUGCACACCCCCCCCGGCCCGCGGCGGGGCCGUUCGGCCGGCGAAGUGGGCAGGGCUUGUGCUAAGAGGAAACGGGUAGCCACAGGGAAGGGGCGGGUCCGAGUGACGACCUGCACCGAUUCCUCCAGCUUCAAAUUCCUCAGGACUCGGGAACUACCAGGCCUGCGGCCCAGCCUGCAGUGA